AUGGCCGUGUCGCGUCCGGCGGUCACCGCGCUCACGGGUGGACUCGCCGCCGCGCUCGUCCCCUCUGGCACGAUCCCGAGCGACGCGGCGCCACCCGGGAGAGCAAAGAAGAGCACGCCACCGUCGCGGCGGAGCGGGAGGCCAAGAUCGUGGCUGUAG